UUGGCAACACCGAGCUCAAAUCAAAAUCAGCUGUGAAGUGUGAACAUCGGUGUUCAGUAUGGCCGCAAAAUUAAACUCUGUGAAAUAAAAUUUGUAUUUUUAAAUAUCAGGCCAUAUUCUUAACAAAAAUUCCAAUAGCUAACAAAUAAAACUAAAUUGGUCGUAGUUUCGUUCGCCAAUCAUAAUAUCGGUGUUGUUGAUUAAAAGUGUUGCGUCAUGACAGAAUAGACCUCUCACUGACAAACAAAUACAAUAAAGUCGCAAAGCGAACGGAUUAUCUCGUGAUAGCGGGCUGCACUACUGUCGGGUGGUUCGCGUCGGGCGGGUACAUCGCUCGUAUGCCCCGAAGCUGCUGAGACCUCACAAUGAGCAGCGUCAGACUGAGCUUCGUGUCCGUGGGCAGGAUCGCCGCGAGGAGAGGGUCGCAGUUCACGUCGGGUGGAGCACAGACAUGCCGCGCGCUGCGGCGCUCCGGGCCGCGCGGGAUCAGCACGUGCGCGGUGCUGUGCAAGAGCCCGCCGGAGCAGCCGCCGCACCCGGCUAAGGACGGCGCCGGCGCAGGCGCAUCAGGCGGCACGGGCGGGAAGUCCGGUGUGCUCACGUGCCCGAAAUGCGGGGAUCCGUGCACACACGUCGAGACCUUCGUCAGCUCGACGCGCUUCGUCAAGUGCGACAAGUGCCACCACUUCUUCGUCGUGCUGAGCGAGGUCGACACCAAGAAGAGUAUCAAGGACGGCGCCGAGACCAAGUCUGGAUUCUACAGAAAACCUCCGCCGCCGCCCAAGAAGAUAUUCGAGUACCUCAACAAGCACGUGGUCGGUCAGGAGCACGCGAAGAAAGUGCUCUCCGUGGCCGUGUACAACCACUACAAGAGGAUAUAUAACAACGUCACCGGCGCCGCGCCCGACGCCGCUGCGCAAGCGCACAGAGAUCUCCUGCACCUGAGCCACAGCGGGAAUGGCGGAGGUGGAGGUGGGGCGGAGGUGCUGGAGCGGCAGCACCAUGAGCUGCGACUCGACAAGAGCAACAUCCUGCUGCUGGGACCCACUGGCAGCGGUAAGACGCUGCUCGCUCAGACGAUAGCGCAGUGCCUGGACGUGCCGUUCGCGAUCUGCGACUGCACGACGCUGACGCAGGCGGGCUACGUCGGCGAGGACAUUGAGAGCGUCAUCGCCAAGCUGCUGCAGGACGCCAACUUCAAUGUGGAGCGCGCGCAGACUGGCAUCGUGUUCCUGGACGAGGUGGACAAGAUUGGCGCCGUGCCCGGCAUACACCAGCUCAGAGACGUCGGAGGCGAGGGCGUCCAGCAGGGCAUGCUGAAGAUGCUCGAGGGUGCGGUGGUGUCGGUGCCGGAGCGCAACUCGCGCAAGCUCCGCGGCGACGCCGUACAGGUCGACACCACCAACAUACUGUUCGUCGCCAGCGGCGCCUAUAACGGUCUCGACAGGUUGAUCCAACGGCGCAACAACGAGAAGUACCUCGGUUUCGGCGCCGCAGGCGCGUGGGUGGGAGGAGGCCGGCGCGCCGCGUCCGCCGCCGCCGCCGCCGACGCGUCCCCGACCGACAGCGAGCGCGACGAGCACCUCGAGCGCGACCAUUGGCUGCGGAAAGUGCAGGCGCGCGACCUCAUCGACUUCGGCAUGAUACCGGAGUUUGUAGGUCGGUUCCCUGUGCUGGUGCCGUUCCACAGCCUCAACGAGGACCUGCUCGUCCGGAUACUCACUGAGCCCAAAAACGCGCUGGUGGCACAAUACAAGCUGCUGUUCGCGAUGGACAAGUGCGAGCUGUCGUUCAGCGACGAGGCGCUCACCGCCGUCGCCGCGCUCGCCAUGGAGCGCAAGACCGGCGCCCGCGGCCUGAGGGCUAUCAUGGAGAACCUGCUACUGGAGGUGAUGUUCGAGGUGCCGGGGUCGGACGUGCGCGGCGUGCACGUGCACGAGGGCUGCGUGCGGCGCGGCGAGCCGCCCGCGCUGCGCCGCCGCCAGCCCGACCGCCAGCACUGGCCCUCCGUGCGCGCCACCAACUGAACAACGCCGAAGUAUCUCCAUCCAUCCGACAAGCGGCAGAGUGAAGUGCUGUGGGGACACCCCACGACACGACCAGAACGCGCUCAACUGACGGAGAUUAUACACAGUAACACCCGAGUAUAAGAACAUGUAAUAUAGCCAGAGUUUCCAUACUACAUAUAGACGACCGCCCGCGACGCUGGCCGGACAGUAAAGUUAAACGCCUGAGUGGGGGCGGCUCAGCUAGCGUAAGAAAUCCGUUCAAACGUAACCUAAGCUCAUACGAUUACGGGGCGAGCCGAAAUGUAAAUUAUUAUUAAUAAUUUAAUGUUUUGUACGUGGCGACCCCCGUCCUGUCAUCUCAUUUUAGUCAUUAAUUUUUUCUGUAAAAAGUUUGACGAAUUGCAAUAACGAGGCAUUUAUGGAAGCCAGUUUAUCGGCAAUUUAUUUUUACGAAAUUAAAAAAUAUAUAUAAAAAAUACAUGGACCUAGUCCACUGAUCUUACUCGUAGUUCCUUUGAAAAAAGUAAAAUUAAUGUUAACGCUACCGCAACAUGUGUGAUGUAAAUUACUGUAAAUAAUUAUAGAGAAGUAAUAUAUUUAAGGUUCACUAGGUAAGGUUUUUCGCCUAAAUAAAUUAGAUUUUUUCGGCUGGCAAUACUGAACCUGAAAUUGACGUUUUAUUUUUAUGGUUAUAAUUUUAUUUUUUAUUAAUAUCUAAAUGGGGCGCUGCGACUGCGACGAGUCGACCUCACACGCGCUGCCGUCGACGGAACUGCGGUCGCUGCGCUCGCGUAGGAUAAGCCUAUUUUCGAAAUAAAAUAAAAAGAAAAUAAUU